CGUCAUCUUCAUUUUUCAUUCCAAACUUCCUUCCUCUUCUUCCUUCUUCUCUAUUCUCACACGCAAUCAAUCUCUGAAGCACAGACUCACUCUCUCUCUGAAUCAAAGCUCCACAAUCAUCACGCUUCUCUUCUCCGUCGUCGUCUUCAUCGUCCACAUUGCUCAACAUCGCUCGAUGAAUGUGGAAGUGUUUUGACUGUGUUGUUGUUUUGCGUAAACAAUGGUGCUUGGGAUAAGAGGUAAGAGCAGGAAGAGUGCUGCGGUUGAGGUGGAUUAUGUUAUACAUGUGCUGGAAAUUAAACCGUGGCCCUCGUCACAGGCUUUGAAAUCGGUUCAGUCUGUGUUUCUUCAGUGGGAGAAUGGGGAUCAGGCGUCUGGAUCGUUCUUUCGUAACGUUGGAGAUGAGAGGAUUGAGUUCGGGGAGUCUUUUAGGCUGCCGGUUGUUUUGUACAAGGAGAAGUCGAGGAAAAGCUCCGCGAGUGAUAGUUUCCAGAAGAAUAUCUUGGAGUUUUACUUGUCUGAACCUCGUAAGGACAAGGCGGCUAAAGGUCAUGGUUUGGGAUCGGCUGUAAUAAAUCUUGCAGACUACGCGAAUGCAGCUGAGACCACGAGUGUGAGUGUUCCGCUGAGCUUGAAGAAGAGUUCUAAGAGUUCAGCUCAGCCGGUUCUUUAUGUUAGUGUUCAGCCUUGUGGUAAAGAUGGCUGCAACUUGUCCAAACAAGUGUCGCUGGACAAUAAUGAAAAUUAUGGAAGUACGUCUGUUUCAGGGUCUCUGAAUGAGGUGGAUGGCGAGAUUGAUUCUUUCACUGAUGAUGAUGGUGAUGAUCGUUCUUCACAUUCAUCACGUACUGUGACCUCUUCCGCUUUUGAGGCACCAGUCAGUUCAUCACCAAGUGCUGAUAAGAAUGCAUCAGAAUCAACGAUUGAUAACACUAGAAGGACUUAUGGGGAACCAACCGUACAUUCUGUACCAGCUCCUGCAAGCACUGUUAUGAAUCAAGUCGCUAAUGCGUUGAAACAUCAAAGUGGAAGUUCAUCUCCAUUGUCGUCAAUAGGCUCUUCCUCCCCUCAGAAACCUGCUUAUGAUUAUAUUUCUUUGCCUCACCGUCCAAGGGACAGCUCAGUGCCAAGCUUAAAAAAAUCAUUGACUCAGUCUGUUCAAUCUUCUUCCUCUUCUGGCUAUCAGGAUGAUCAUCAAGAGUUUGGUGAUUAUAAUUUUAAGACCAACAGAAUUCACAAGAGUCUUACUAGCAGAGGUGUCAGAAUGCAAGAAAAUGCACAAGAAGCUACUAAGGGAAAAAAUGUGAGCAACCAUGCUUCUGAAGGUACAACCUCAAGUAUGUCUGUGCAGCAGGAUACAAACUCAUUAUCUGCAAGCUACGUAGAUUUAGAAUCCCCCCGAGAGGAUGACCAUCUCGUGAAGGUGAACGACUAUUCUUUUGAUGGCAAAUUAGCUUCCAGAUUACAAGCUGGUACCAGAAAGCCAGUCACUAUAAAGAGUGAAACUUUUACAGUCAGCAACAAUGUUGGAGCAUGGGAAAACAAGGUUAAAAGUACUGAAGUAAAGCAAGUAGAGUCUUUGGAACCUUCUGUAUCAGCUAAGAACAAUGGUCUGUUAAGAAAACACGAGUUGAAAAAGAAGUCAAAGGAAGCUGAGACUCCUGAGGAUGGCCAUGUUGGUGGUAUCAUUAGUGCAAAGAGUAAAAGAGAAGAAACAACAACCAGCUCUUCUGAUAGUAAAAAUGAGUUGGAGUCUACAAUUGAAAUGCUUAAGGACGAGUUGAGAGAAGCUGCUGCUGUUGAGGUUGCCCUUUACUCCAUUGCUGCUGAGCAUGGUGGUAACGCGAAUAAGAUCCAUGCUCCUGCUCGUCGACUUUCUAGAUUCUAUAUUCAUGCAUGCAAAAUGGGAUCUCAAGCUAAGAAGGCAAAUGCAGCAAGAGCUGCUGUUACCGGAUUAAUUUUGGUUUCUAAAGCUUGUGGAAAUGAUGUUCCAAGGUUGACUUUCUGGUUGUCGAACUCAAUUGUGUUGAGGGCUGUUGUCAGUCAGGGCUUAGUGAAAGCUCAAGUUUCAAAUGGUAAACGGACUACAAUUAAAGGCGGUGGACAGCAUUUAGCGGGUGGGCGUUUAUCAGAAAAGGAUAGAAUUCGUACUCACAAGGAUGAGAAAAAUAACAUUCUUAAAAGUACUGAUAAUUGGGAAGAUCCGCAUAUAUUUAUGGUUGCUUUGGAAAAGUUUGAAGCUUGGAUAUUCUCCCGGAUAGUUGAGUCUGUAUGGUGGCAGAAUAUUACUCCACAUAUGCAGCCUGCAGCUGCGAAAGGCUCAAGCACAAGGAAAGGAAAUGGAAGAAAGAAUGGUUUGGGUGAUCAGGAGCAGGGUAAUUUCUCUAUUGAGCUGUGGACGAAGGCUUUCAAAGGUGCCUGUGAAAGGCUUUGUCCUGUUCGAGCUGGCGGCCAUGAGUGUGGCUGCUUGCCUUUGCUAGCGCGUUUGGUCAUGGAGCAGUUGGUGAAUAGGUUGGAUGUGGCUAUGUUUAAUGCUAUUCUUCGUGAAAAUGCUGAAGAGAUGCCUACAGAUCCCGUAUCUGACCCUAUAAGUGAUUCCAAGGUUCUUCCAAUUCCAGCUGGAAAAUCAAGUUUUGGGGCAGGUGCACAGCUAAAAAAUGUGAUUGGAAGCUGGUCCAGAUGGCUGACUGAUCUAUUUGAUAUGGAUGAUACUGAUGUUCCAGACAAUGAGGAUGAACUCACUGAUCACAAGGGGCAGGAGUGUGAAACAACCUUCAAAGCUUUCCGUCUUCUUAAUGCUUUGAGUGAUCUCAUGAUGCUUCCAUCUGAAAUGCUAGCAGAUAAAUCCACCAGAGAAGAGGUAUGCCCUACAUUCGGUGCAUCAUUGAUCAAGAGGGUCCUAUACAAUUUUGUUACAGAUGAGUUUUGCCCAGAUCCAAUUCCCGAAGCAGUUUUUGAGGCUCUUGAUGAUGAGGAGAAUCUGGAAGCUGAAACAGAAUCUGUUACAAGUUUCCCAUUUAUUGCAAAUCCCACAUUCUAUUCACCACCUCCAGCUACUGCUUCUCUAAUAGGCAUUGCAGGAGAGGUGGGGAGCCCAGCUCUGAAGAGUGGGUCAUCAGUGCUUAAGAAGUCAUAUACGAGUGAUGAUGAGCUUGAUGAGUUGGAUUCACCAAUGACUUCAAUUGUAGAAAAUUCGCUAGUUUCCCCCAAGUCAUUGACAGCCAACCCAAUGCUGAAGUGGAAGGGUGGUCGCAAAGUUGUCCGAUAUCAACUCCUCCGUCAGGUAUGGAAGGACAGUGAUUGAAAUCUUCUCUUUCAUGUAUGUUGCUGUACUUUGGGGUGGGUUUUUUACUGUAGAGUUUUCUAAACUUGCCACCCCUGUACAUGUAUAUUAGGGAGUAUAUUCCAAUUUCUCAUAGCAAUAUGUUUAUAAACAGGGUGCAAUGAGGCAUAUUAUUUUGUGAAUAGAGGAAAGUGGGUGUUGUAACCUAAGCUUUGAUGCCCCAGUUAUAGUUUUGUACUGUGUAUUUGAUGGCAUUGUCGCUUCCACAAAUGAUUUAAGCCAUACAUUAAGAAAAUAAAUCAACCAUGAAUAGCAUGAGCACAAUGAUCCUUGAGGUUUG